GCAGACGCUGGCCACGAUCAUAAGACUCGGACGCCGGAUCUGACCACCGCAGGCUGACACACUCCUGUUUGAAGUCCUUUACAGAUAUAGGAAAUUAAUUAAGAAGCACUGACGAACUGCACGUCUACCUUCCUUUCUCUCCUAGACGACAGUGGAAGUGCUUGUGGUGUGAGGGGAGUGUGUGUGAGUAAUGGCGGAGCAGCAGAGACAGCGUUCACUCUCCACAGCAGGAGAAUCACUAUACCUGGUCCUGGGAGUUGAUAAGAACACAGCACCAGAAGACAUAAAGAAAUCCUACAGAAAACUAGCUCUGAAGUUCCACCCAGACAAGAAUCCUGACAAUCCAGAAGCAGUUGAGAAAUUCAAAGAAAUCAACAACGCUCAUACCAUUCUGUCAGACCCUACCAAACGCAACAUCUACGACAAAUAUGGAUCUCUGGGCCUCUACGUGGCAGAACAGUUUGGAGAGGAGAACGUGAACACAUACUUUGUAUUGUCCAGCUGGUGGGCCAAGGCCUUGUUUCUAUUCUGCGGUGUGGCCACAGGCUGUUACUUCUGCUGCUGUCUGUGCUGCUGCUGUAACUGCUGCUGUGGGAAGUGUAAACCUCAUCCUCCUCACACAGAUGAGCCGGAUUUCUAUGUGUCUCCUGAAGACUUGGAAGCUCAGUUGCAGUCUGAUGAGAGAGAUGGCAGCAGCCCCAUCGUGAUGCAGCCGUCCUCUGCCACGGAGACCACUCAGCUGACCGCAGACUCUCACCACACCAGCUACCGGACAGACGCCAGCUAUUAAACCUUUCUCACACACACACACACACACACACACACACACACACACGGGACCACCAUGCCAGAGGAGGUCACGGUGGGCAAUUGGUGAUCCAGAGGAAAGAGGAAGAGCGGUUAGUUAGUUACUGUAUUGGAAAACCUGAAACGCUCCACUGUACAAGUCAGUUUAUAUUUUAUUUGCCUUUUAACCUGUAUCAUCACCAA